AUGAAGCAUUUUUCACCCACUGGAAUGGGUGGUGGGAUAACGUCAGCGACACCCCAGGAUGCACCUCCCGCCCCUGAUGGAAGGAAUUCGAUAUUAAUAUGGGCAGUAGGGGCAUUCUGCAUAUAUGGUUGGGAAUUUUUGGUGUGCCUUCCACAGGAAUAUAAACUGAUUUGGAGGAAAAAAAUAAAUGUAGGGUUUGCCUUGCAUACAUUGGUAACUAUUGAGACUCAUCGUCACUAUUUAGCUGUCGAGCAUUUUAUACGUCGAUUCUCAAUAAUUGUGACGCUUGUCGCCGGAGUAUGGGCGCCUUCUGCGUGUAAUCAAUGCAUUGUUGUGGGGAUAGCCAUUGCUGCACCGACGACGACAACUUCUGAACAAUCCCCAAACUCUGAAAAUGGGCCAUGCGGUGCUCGAUCUGGUCCAUUUGUAUGGGACGUGGUAUACUGGACUGUGCCCCUCUUCUACGAUGCCUUGACUGUCGUGUUCUGGAGGGAUGAAAUGACCAACCAAAUGCUUGACAUCAUCUGGCGCGACGGGUUUCUUUAUUUCCUCGCCAUUUUCAGCAUGAACUUUGUCAAUGUGAUAAUCUUCCUCGGCGCAUCCGCUGAAAUUCGAGUAGUAAACCUCCCAGCCACAAUAAUGUUGGAGAUUAUCCUAUCCUGUCGGCUGGUUCUCAACCUGAGGGACACGCAUGAUCAAUCAAUGCGCACCGCAGACCAGCAGAAGACAAGUGGAACAAUUGUAGAGCCAGUAAAAACACCAAAAUGGUCUCCCUCGACAAUUAGUACGCCGAUUCAGAGUCGUACACCAGAUGUUUUUCGCAAUGAUCAACACUCUGAGUAUGUCAGCGCUCGUUACAGCGAGCCUGCUAAUCGCGUCUAA